AUGAUGGGAGUGGUUCACCAAGACCAUGUCUGUCAAGGAUAUAAAGAAGUGCAUUGUGGUCUAAGGAGUCAAACGACUUGGAAAAGUCUGUAUAUAUCACAUCAACCUGAUUACCGAAAUCGAAGACCGUGGAAAGAACCCAUGUUGGACAAUAGAAAUGGUGAAAUAACCUAUGUAUACAGGAUUGUUCCUAAUUGGCAAAGAACUCUAACUUCAUUUUUAAUACCAUUAUGUAAUUAUAUAAAGAUCCAAGAAGAAAAGAUAAAGAACGAAAAUAUAGGAACCAAAUAUGCUUUUAAUGAUUUAUUCUCCACAUGUCAAAUUCAAAACAAAUAUAAAAAUAAUAGAAGAGAAGGAAGUCAAAGUGUUAUAAACGAUAUUUUACCAACAUGCUCUGUUCUAAUCAACUAUCGCAGUAUUCACGGAUCUAAUUUUACUCUUGCCGAAUUCUCACCAACAUGUGAAUUUCUACUCGGUUAUCGAGAUAAUACGAAGAGAAUAUAUCCAGGAAAUGUAUUGAAUGUUGACAAUUUCGAUCCAUUAUGCACUUAUGCAUUCAAAUAUCAUGAAGACGAUACGCACGAUCAUCAUGAUCCUCAACCUCAAGAACCAGAUUCAUUUUGCAUUGAAUACAGCGAUGAGAAAUGACUCUGAGUUUAUUAAAAACAUGAUCAAUUUACUACCUCCAUAGGGCACAAUGGAAUUAUUUUGACAUGAUAUUAUAUUAAAUAAGUUAUCUUAUUAUAAUAUAUAACUUUACUAUUUACAUAUCAAAAUGCACUUAUAAUUACUUAUAUUAUAUUAAAUACUAAUUACUUAAGUUGCAAUGAAAAAGAAUACACUUCAAUUAUUCAGGAGAUUUUAUGAUUUUCUAGAUGUACGUAUAUCAUAUUAAAAAUAUUCAUAUUGUUUAAAAUGAUAAAGUAUAAUAAAACCACACACGUAAUAAAAUUGCUCUCUUCUUUAUUUUUUUUUUUUUACUUUAAAUGUCACAAUUCAUGCUUGAUGUCUCAUGGGCAUACACAAUUAAAUGUUACACCAGUUUAAUUCUGUAACUAUAGUAUGAGAAAUGAGUAUAUUAAUUAAUUAAACGAACGAGGUUCAGUAGUUGUUUUUGUGUUAUCUAGGGCCGUUUGUUCUGAAGAAUAUUUUAUCUCAUGAUUGCUAUGUUAAUUUUAUGUCCCUAAAAGCAGCCAUGAUAUUUUUAAUAAGUCCAAACAAAAGUGUUCUUACCGAGUAUGCUCAACGAUUAAUUGAAUAUUUUGUGAUGACAUUUGAUCAGAUUUAUGGAAAUUACAAUGUAUCACAAAAUGUUCACGGACUUCUUCAUAUUAUUACUAUCAUAAUUUUGGCCUAUAGAUCAGUGUACUGUUACCCUUUUGAAAAUGACAUGAAAGUAUUAAAAUCUGAACUUCGAAAAUACGAAAAACCAUUACAGCCGUUUAUCCAUAGGUAAGAGGAACAGUGCAAUUUUCAAAAAAAAAACUCAAACACUUGUUUUGAAUAAAAAUAACUUCGUGUUUAAACAAUUGCAUUUUAAGGGUCCUUUACUCAAGGAUAUAAUGGUUCCUUAAUAUCAUCGUUUGAAUUUUAGUAAUUUUAUGUUAAAUACUACUAUUGAUCGAGAUAGUUAUAUAUUAACCAACUGUGGUAAAAUAGUAAAAUGUAUAAACUUUGCGAAUAAACGAGUUAAUAAUAAGAAAGUCCUAAUUAUUGUACGUAGUGAGAUAAAAACAAUAGAGAGAUGGGUAGGUCAGGGAAGUUCGGAGUAAUGCAGAAAAUUACAAAGGGUAUGAGAAAUUACGACGGUACCUAUAUAUCGGCACAUAUAUUACGUUAUUUUUAUCCUACUAGGUACUGAGUAUUAUUAGUUACGGAAUUGAUAAUUUGUCUUAGCGUGUAAAAUAUAUGUGUGUUCACUCUUAUAUCUGUGAAAAGUUUUCGUUGGUCCUUGUUAGAAUGGAUACAUCUCUGAUUGGUGUAGAUCGAUGCACGCUACUAUUAUUUUACGACUUAUAUAUUACAAUAUAUUAUACCAGUUAUAAAUUCAUAUUUUGCUUAUGCACUGUUGACUCUUUGUAUUUGCGAUAUAUUAUAAUGACAGAAAGGAUUUGACAGCAUGAAAAGAUUAGGAGUGCUUUAAAUUAUAAUGUUGAUUAGUGUUUUUAUAUAUUAUGUGUUAUUUGGAAACUGCAUUUUCGUGACAUAUGUGUGUCUUUAUAAUUUUAUAAUUAUUUGUUUGCUAAUAUCAUGGAUUUAUACAUUAUAAUAUUUUAGUAUGGUAUUUAUACUCCAACUUCAAGCAGCACUUGAAAUGGAUUCUGUUAUUUAUUUUUAUUAAAUAUUUGUACAACACGCAUUUCAAUUACUUAUAUAUUUGAGGUCUAGUCCCUUAAGAGAAAAGGUCUUUUGGCACAUCGCAUAAGUCUGUCCGAAUGUCGUACAGUGUGCAUAUGUAGGUGUACAUAUUAAAUGCUGUUUUUUAAUGCGAUAGAAAGCCGGUUGCCUAAUAAUGUAUUAGUGUUGCGUAACGUUCUUUUAUCUUUAUUAUUUCUUUAUGCCCAAAUAUGGGCAUAUUUUAGUGUGUGUCCGUCUAGUAAUGUUAAUUCCUUAUUGUGGAGACGUGAUCGUUAAGGAAUGUAUGGAAACCUAAUAUUAUUUUAUAUUUCGUAAUUUAUUUUAAUUGCGUUUGAGUUUUAACACCCAAGUAUGUUCGUUUUGGUAUAUAUUCAUUCUAUAAGUUUAUUUAAGUAUAUAAGAGUAUAUUAUUUAUAUAUUACAUCUAGGUCAAUAUUUCAUUAACAAAAGUCUAGCUUAUAUUAAUCCCCUUUUCUCUGGUUUGUUAGAUAUUUAAAAAGUUGAAAACAUUUCAGAUAAUUUAAUUAUUUUAAAUAUAAAUACAAUCAAAUAUAAAACAAUGGUCAUUAAUAUCUAAAAAGAAAUUAUUGACAUCUAGACUGUUAAUUUUACAUUAUAUCUGUUUAGACUAUUAAUAAUCUGUUAUAAUAAUUGUUGGUGUGUUAACUUUACUUU